AUGCCCAAAGAGGGAAGCGGGACUUUGGAAGUGCCCGCCAACGUGAUGGAGAUGUGGGAGGCUGCCGGGACCCAGCGAGAUGCUCUUUUCUCCAUGUGGGCCAAGUGUGGCGGGGUGAAGGCAGUGUUCAUCGAGAGGGUUGUUGUCAUGAGCAAGAAGACCCGGUCCAAGAAGCUGGUGGUGAAGGGAGGCUUCUAUUCUAAGGAGGAUAUGAAGACCGAGCCACGGAUCGAGAAAAUCGUGAAGUGGGCCGAGUCCAAAAGACUCGUUCGGCCCUGCGAGUACGACAGCGACACCAUGGAAUACUGGGUGAAUACCCGGACCGAAGGGACCCUCACGAAGGAAGAUAUCGAUGAAAUCACUACCCAAAAGGAGUACGAGGGGGAUGGUGGCACAGAUCUCGAGAUGAAGCCGUUGGUGCAGAUGGGCAGCGCCCCUGAUCUGGAUCCAGCGGACCCGAUGCUCGGGAUGGCCCAGGACCUGGAAGGAGUAGCGAACCAAGUGAACGACUACUUGCGCGAGACCCUCCGGGCCAAGAACUCCCUCCAAAACUUCAUUGAUAGGUUGAGGACGGCUGCAGGUUCGAAGAAUGAGAAACGUGCUUCGUCCAAAAAAGAUCAACCCGGCUGCUGCUGGCUAUGUCGAGCUGGCUUCGAAACCGCUACUGAACACAUAGCAUUCGAACACUUGGGGCUAUGGGAACCUGAUUGGAUUCGCACUCAGGGCCUUGCGAAUACAUUGCCGUGGCUAUCUCCAGGAGGGCCGAUCCUGCAGUACAUGUUGCUGGAGGAGGAUGAUGCCCCAAGCUUUUUUAGGCCAGAUCUUUUCCACGUCUAUCAUUCUGGCGUUGGCAAGGAUUUCCUGGGCAGUUCCUUUAUCUACGCCAUUCAGAUCCUGCUCAACCGUGGCGGAGUUGACAGAAACAUCCAAGCCCUCAACGAUCUCCUAAAAGCGUUUCUGCGUCGAAGGAAGCUUUAUUUGCACUGCAGGACCUUAUCUCCAGACACACUGGGUUACAGCAGCACGAAAGAGUACCCGGAGGGCCAUUGGUCCAAAAACCAAGACACGGCGGUGCUCAUGAGGUUUCUAGUUGAGCUUCUCGAAGAUCAUCCCAGGUCAGUAUCGAGCGAUGCAAUGUUGACAGAGAUGCUGCUAGCUGCUCGUGCUAUGGGCAACUUCAUGCGCACGAGCUUUCAGGCUGAUUAUUUUAUGUCGUCUGCAGAUUGCCAGAAGCUUUUGCGAUCUG